AUGGACGAAAGGAUUGGGCUGCAGCCCCCGGCUGGAGAGCAGCAACUGGAGGCACCGGCCACCGUGGACGCCGUCGGGGGGAAGUGCGGGCCGGAGACUUCAAGGUCUACGAGUUUACCGUCCCUGAACAGCGCCUCCUGCCGGCCGAACCCUAGUCCUGCGAGUGUAGCCGCCAAGCCAGCCCGGGAGGGUGUGCGUUCUUCGGGCCGCCGGGAGCUGAAGCGAGGCCAGAACCCACUGACACUCAGCCCCUCGGCCCCGUCCACUUCGGCAGGGAUGGCCGGGCUCGUGGACUGCAACCACAGGAUGGACGUGAGCAAAACCGUCUCGGUGUCUUCCACCCUGGCCCCACUCCAGGAGAGAAGGUGUCUCUAUGUGGUCCUCACGGAUUCCCGCUGCUUCCUGGUUUGCAUGUGUUUUCUGACCUUCAUCCAGGCCCUAAUGGUCUCCGGGUACCUGAGUAGUGUCAUCACCACCAUCGAAAGGCGCUACAGUCUGAAGAGUUCCGAAUCGGGGCUGCUGGUCAGCUGCUUUGACAUCGGGAACCUGGUGGUGGUGGUGUUUGUCAGCUACUUUGGUGGCCGAGGCCGGAGGCCCCUGUGGCUGGCAGUGGGUGGACUUUUCAUCGCCCUCGGGGCCGCCCUCUUCGCCUUACCUCACUUCAUCUCUCCCCCAUACCAGAUCCAAGAGUUGAACGCGUCAGCCUCCAACGAUGGCCUUUGUCAGAAUGGCAACUCCUCCUCCACCCCGUUGGAGCCUCCCCCUUGUCCCAAGGAUUCGGGAGGAAACAAUCAUUGGGUCUAUGUGGCUUUGUUCGUGUGUGCACAGAUUCUCAUUGGAAUGGGCUCCACUCCUAUCUACACCCUGGGACCAACUUACUUAGAUGACAAUGUCAAGAAAGAAAACGCAUCCUUGUACCUAGCCAUCAUGUAUGUCAUGGGAGCACUUGGCCCUGCAGUUGGAUAUUUAUUAGGUGGACUUCUUAUUGGUUUUUAUGUUGAUCCCAGAAAUCCUGUUCACCUUGACCAGAAUGACCCUCGUUUUAUUGGAAACUGGUGGAGUGGAUUCCUCCUUUGUGCCUUUGCAAUGUUUCUUGUGAUAUUCCCAAUGUUUACUUUUCCAAAAAAGCUUCCACCUCGACACAAGAAAAAGAAGAAAAAAAAAUUUUCCGUUGACGUUGUUAGUGAUGAUGAUGUUAUGAAGGAGAAAUCAAAUGCAAAUGAACAAGUGGACAAAAAAGUUUCUUCUAUGGGAUUUGGAAAGAAUGUCAGAGACCUACCAAGAGCAGCUGUCAGGAUCUUAAGCAACAUGACAUUCCUUUUUGUGAGUUUGUCAUACACAGCUGAGAGUGCCAUUGUCACUGCUUUCAUUACCUUCAUUCCCAAGUUCAUCGAGUCACAGUUUGGCAUCCCAGCUUCCAAUGCCAGCAUCUACACUGGUGUUAUUAUUGUCCCUAGCGCUGGAGUCGGUAUUGUCCUGGGAGGCUACAUUAUAAAGAAAUUGAAACUUGGUGCAAGAGAAUCUGCCAAACUAGCAAUGAUCUGCAGUGGUGUGUCUUUACUGUGUUUUUCAACUCUGUUUAUUGUUGGAUGUGAAAGUAUUAAUCUAGGGGGCAUAAACAUCCCUUAUACAACAGGACCUUCUCUGACCAUGCCCCAUAGGAAUCUGACAGGAAGCUGCAAUGUUAAUUGUGGUUGUAAAAUACAUGAGUAUGAGCCAGUCUGUGGAUCCGAUGGAAUUACAUACUUUAACCCUUGUCUGGCUGGUUGUGUUAACAGCGGUAAUCUUAGCACUGGGAUUCGGAAUUACACAGAAUGCACCUGCGUCCAGAGUCGGCAGGUGAUCACCCCUCCCACAGUGGGCCAGCACAGUCAGCUGCACGUGGUCAUCGUCAAAACGUAUCUCAACGAGAACGGCUACGCCGUGUCAGGGAAGUGCAAGCGCACCUGCAACACCCUCAUCCCAUUCUUGGUUUUUCUUUUCAUCGUCACCUUUAUCACAGCAUGCGCCCAGCCGUCGGCCAUCAUAGUGACUCUCAGGUCCGUGGAAGAUGAAGAGAGACCUUUUGCACUGGGAAUGCAGUUUGUUUUGUUACGAACACUUGCAUACAUUCCUACUCCGAUUUACUUUGGGGCGGUUAUUGACACUACCUGUAUGCUGUGGCAACAAGAAUGUGGCGUGCAGGGCUCUUGUUGGGAGUACAAUGUGACAUCAUUUCGUUUUGUCUACUUUGGUUUGGCGGCUGGCCUCAAGUUUGUUGGCUUUAUUUUUAUUUUCCUGGCCUGGUACUCUAUAAAGUACAAGGAAGAUGAACCUCAGAGGCAGAGGUGCCGAGAAUUCCCUCUGAACACCGUGAGCGAGCUGGUGGGCCAGCCUGACAAUGCUGAGAAAUAUGCCCGGACUAGAUCAUGCCCAGCAUUCAGCACCCAGGGAGACGUCCACGAAGAAACUGGUCUGCAGAAAGGGAUUUCAUACACAGCACAGACCUAUCCGGGUCCCUUCCCAGAAGCAAUAAGUUCCACUGCAGACCUAGGACUGGAAGAGAGCCCUGCUGACAUGUAGCAUCUUUCCUGAAGCUUGAAAUCAGAAGACUUGUUUUGUUGGUUGAGUUGAACAUGGCGACUUGAGAAACAUCUGUGCCUUCUUUUAUUUCUCUUUUUUAACCUCUAUAGACAUAAUCCUCAAACCAACAAAACUCAGUAUACACAGCCACUAUUGAUUGAGGGCUGGAUACCUCAACAAGACUGAGAGCCUUUCCCCUCUUCUCUCCAAGGAAG